AAUAAUCCGUUAGCCCAAUUAUUUAAAUCCAUCAACGGCGGCCAUUUUGCUGACGUGGCUCUUCUUGUCGGACGUUGAAAUAUAUCACCCCAAAAAAACGUUUCCCUCGCAUUUUCCGUCUGUCUCUGCUCAGACGAGAGGGUUUCAAAUUUGGAUUUGUUUUAUUUUUAUUUUUAUUUUUUAUUUUGUAUCUAUUUUCGCUUAACUCAAUCUGCCGGGACGCGGCAAAAAAAUGUCUUCCGACCAAGGAAAGCGAGAGCAGAGGAGCGGCAGACUGGUAGCUUUGACCGGCGGCGCUGCCGCUGUUUUUCUGGCUCUGGCGGUCAACUUCGCCGUUUCGGCCAUCAAUUCUCGUUCCAGAAACCGAAAAAAGAGAGAGGUUCGAGGAUCAAAUGUGCAAAUAAAUCUAACGGCUUCAGAAAUUUUGAGAUUGGCGGAUAGAAUUAUUGCACAAUCAAAGAAAGUUUAUGACUCAGUCGCUGCUAUUCCUCUCGACAAGGUCACUUGUGCAAAUGUGCUGUUACCUUUAGCUGAGUUAGAAGGCCAACACUUUCCCCUUGUUCAGUCUUGUGUCUUUCCAAAAUUGGUGUCCACUUCUGAAGAUGUGAGAAAAGCAUGUGCGGAGGCUGAGCGAAGGAUAGAUUCUCAUGUUUCUACGUGCAGUAAAAGGGAGGAUAUCUACCGCGUUGUGAAGGCUUUGGUGGCUAGAGGUGACUAUAUGAGCUCCGAAGAGAAAUGCUUUGCUAAGAUCCUGGUUCAAGAUUUUGAGCGCAAUGGUUUGAAUUUGCCCAUGACAAAGAGGGAGGAGCUCCAGCGUCUAAAAACUCAGAUAGAUGAACUGAGCAUGCAGUAUAUCCGCAAUUUGAAUGAUGAUCAAUCUUACCUGCUUUUUACUGAGAUCGAACUGGCCGGGUUACCACCUGAAUUUCUGAAGGUCUUAGAUGAAGAUGGUAAGGGUAAAUACAAGAUCAGUCUGAAGAGCCAUCAUGUAUCACCAACCUUGGAGCUCUGCAAAGUAGGAUCUACAAGGAAAGCUGUGGCUGUGGCUUAUGGAAGGAGAUGUGAAGCCAAUAUUCCAAUCUUAGAGAAAAUGAUUCAAUCAAGGCACAGACUUGCCAGAUUGCUUGGAUAUGGCAAUUAUGCAGAUUAUGCUAUUAAUCAUAGAAUGGCAGGCUCAUCCUCAAAGGUUUUUGAUUUGCUGGAGGAUAUCUCUGGAAACUUAAGUGAACAGGCUGCUAGAGAACUUGCAAUCUUAAGAGAGUUAAAGAAGCAAGAGGAAGGAGAAUUGACUUUUGGAGUUGAAGAUUUACUGUAUUAUGUAAAAAGGGCCAGAGAUCAACAGAUUGAUCUUGACUUUGGAGAUGUGAAACAGUACUUUCCUGUCAAUUUAGUUUUGUCAGGAAUCUUCAAGAUUUGCCAAGAUCUAUUUGGAUUGAGAUUUGAGAUAAUUGAAGAUGCAGAAGUUUGGCACUCUGAUGUGGAGCUUUUUUCAGUUUUUGAUUUAAGUUCUGGGGAUCUCAUGGGUUACUUCUAUCUAGAUAUAUACUCCAGGGAAGGAAAAUAUGCUCAUACCUGUGUUGUGGCUCUGCAAAAUGGCUCAUUGAUUGGCGGGAGAAAACUGAUCCCAAUAGCUUUACUCAUUUCACAGUUUGAAAAGGAAGUGGAUGGCCAUCCUGGGUUAUUGCGAUUCCCGGAAGUUGUUAAUCUUCUCCAUGAGUUUGGUCAUGUGGUGCAAUAUAUCUGCAACCGUGCUUCAAUUGCUAGAUUUUCUGGGUUACGAUUAGAUCCUGAUUUUGUGGAGAUCCCUGCCCGUAUGUUAGAGAACUGGUGUUACGAGAGCCUCUCUUUGAAACUGAUAUCUGGUUUUCAUAAGGAUAUUACAAAGGCCAUAGAUGAUAAUAUAUGUGAAUCGCUGAAGCGAUGGCGAUCCUCUUUCUCAGCAUUGAGAUUGAAACAAGAAAUUCUCUAUUGUCUUUUUGAUCAGAUUAUUCAUUCUACCGAGGAUGUGGAUAUUCAAGGACUAUAUAAGCAUCUUCAUCCAAAGGUAUUGUUGGGGCUGCCUGCUCUUGAGGGAACAAAUCCAGCCUCAUCUUUUCCUGGUUCUGCUAUUGGCUUUGAAGCUACUUGUUACAGUCGCAUUUGGAGUGAGGUUUUUGCUGCUGAUAUCUUUGCCUCAAAAUUCAGUGUCGAUCUUUUCAACCAGCAUACGGGCAUGCAAUUCAGGAAUAAGGUUUUUGCUCCUGGAGGGGAGAAAGAUCCUUUACAGUUACUGUCGGAUUUUCUGGGGAAGGAACCAUCAAUACAAGCCUUUCUUGAUGCCAAGUCUGAUUCAUGCUAAUCAAGGAUGGUGUUUGUAAUUCUACUUUUCUGUAAAUUUUUGUCAACAAAGAAAGAAUUCAAUGGCAUAUUUAUAAGUUAAGGGCUGUCUUCUCAUCAUGCCAUUGAUAUGGAUUGGAAAGUUUUUGAGCUGGUAAAUGCUCAGAUUUUUUUCUGAUGUAAGUAGCAUUGUAGUAAUAUAAGGCCCAGAGGUAAUGCUGGAGACUAGAUCUAAAUAACUCGGACCACCCGGUGAAAAGCAUGAAAAUGUAAGGUGAUUAAAUCUAACCGAGUUUGUAUUUGGACUGUCUUCUGUCACAUUAAUUCGUACUAAUAGUUGGAUACAGAAUUUGAGAUGAUGAUGAUGAUGAUGAA